AUGAAUUCCAAUACUUACCACCCCGGUUUACGAAAUCACCCGAACUUUAGAUACGGGAAUUCGUCAAAUCAAGCCAACCCGAACUUCCAAGGAAACCAAGGAUUUCAAAGGCAAUAUCAAACGGGUCAAAGUUUUUCGGGUGGAAACGAGGUAAUGGAGAUGUUGAAGGCGAUGCAAAUUGAGAUGCAACGAAGGAAUCAGCUUGAUGAUGCUCGCAUUCAAAAAGACGAAAUCCGUGAUAAAGCAAUUCAGUCGUUGACUACCCAAAUGAGUCAACUUGCGAGUGAUGUGGCAAUAUUGAAGAAAUCAAAAGGCCAACUACAAAGUGACACGGUGACAAAUCCCAAAAACAUUAAAAGUAUUAAUAUCAAUGUGGUAAGUACCGUUCCUAAUAGUGAAUUCAAUGAAACAUUUUUAACAUCCUCUUGUCAAGUGAGUGCAGGUAUAGGAAGGGAUGCCGAGGUUGAAACGGACAAAGAGCAUGGAGCACCACUCGUGCCUAUUCAAGUGGGAAAAUUAAAAAUUCCUCAAGCAUUGUUGGACUACGGGGCGAGUAUGAGUGUGCUACCAGGCGAUCUAUACGAUAUGUACGACUUUGGUCCGCUUCAAGAUAUAGACACCAUGGUGAGUUUGGCGGAUGAAAGUUGGAGGCGUCCACGGGGAAUGGUUAAGAAUGUUAUGAUUCGGUUGGGAGAAUUUGACUAUCCGGUGGAUUUUCUGGUUUUAGAUUAUGUUUCUACCAAAACGACAUCACAACAAAGGGUAAUUUUAGGUCGACCGUUUCUUUAUACGGCAAGUGCUCAAAUCAACUGUAGAGACGGGAUCAUUACUAUGACCGAAAAGAAUCGUAAGUUGUACUUUGAUAUUCAUACUAGGGAGAUUAGUUAUGAACCUAUUGAAGAGAAGGGUAGAGAGUCUAGUAACCAUAUGAAAAGUGUGCAUCAGAGAAUAAAAACAAACAAACCACCGGGGUGUGAAAAGAAGUAUGAAGGUUCGAGCAGGUAUGUAGUUGACUAUCCACCGAAUGGACAUUUGAUGGAUGCAUUUCAACCAAUGACAAGCUACAGUGGGGGAGGUGAAAGGAACCGAUUCUUUGAGCCACCAUAA